AUGACCGACAAGCUCUCCGCAACACAUCUGAUCACUUCAAGAUCGCGUGCUCGUGCCGCACAUGCGCUUGUCUCUCGAGUCAUCGUCAACAUCAGUAAGGGUGAAUUCUCACUGGCGCGGACUGGGUUGCCAGAAGUGCAGGUCUCCUGCUCUGCGCCACCAGUGGUGAAACCCUCUGACACAGCACUAUAUAUAUUCACAUCAGGGAGCUCGGGCAGUCCCAAGGCCAUCGCUAUCUCACAUGAAGCCUGGGCGACAAGAUGCGCAGGAUGUUGUGAAUAUGGCGUUACUGAUAUGACGAGAGUGCUGCAAUAUGCCUCAUGCAGUUUCCUUGUUGCUGUCGCGGACACUCUAGGAACACUGAUUGCCGGCGGGACGGUGACCAUUCUGAGCUCUGAAGAACGCAUGAAUGACUUACACGGUGCGAUGAGGCGUCUUCAGCCGAACUACGCAUCCAUAACGCCGUCCGUGGCAAAGGCGCUAGAGCUGAGCGAAGUACCUAGCAUUCAGAGCCUCCUACUUGUUGGAGAGCCAAUCCCACGCUCCUUGGCUGAAAGAUUGCUUCACUCCAGGAUCAAGCUUCUCAAUGGCUACGGGCAGAGCGAAAUAUGUGGCCUCAACAGCGUUGCCGAUUUGCGACAGGCCGACACGAGCUGUCGCAACAUCGGACGAAGCAAGUUGCAGAACUACUGGAUCGUCGACCCCAACGACCAUGAGCGCUUGAUGCCUGUGGGCGGCCUGGGUGAGCUCGUGGUCGAAGGGUAUGCAAUCAGCCAAGGCUAUGUAAGUGAACCAUCUCAGCAGGCUGCGGCAGCUUAUAUAUCUGCUCCCAAUUGGGCUGCAAGCUUUACGGCUCCAACAGACAAGUCCUGGAGCUGGUAUAAAACAGGUGAUUUGGUGCAGUAUCAGGCCAACGGGGAUCUGUACCUGUUCGGACGGAAAGACACGCAGCUGAAAGUCCGUGGCCAACGUGUCGAAGCGGCAGAAGUUGAGCACCACAUUACGCACAGCUUCAAGCAAGAGAUAGAACACGUUGUGGUUGACAAGACUGGAACAGAGGAGAAGCUCACAGCCUUCGUCGUGCUGAGGCAAAGUCACGCGCAACGUACUGCUUCGAGUCUCAAAGCUGAAAUGAAUCGUGCAUUAUGUACCAUCGUUCCAGCGUGGAUGGUUCCUGAGAAAGUUGUUCUUACUCGGGCCAUGCCCUUGACAGCGACAGGAAAAUUGGACAGACGAGCGUUGAGACGUGGUCAUGGCCUGACGGUUGCAGUCUCUGAUCCUGAAGACACUAUGAAGGCCGAUCAACAGCACUCUUUUCAUGCAGGCGACGAUUGCCGCCACUUUGAGUUACUUGCCUCGCUUUGUCACAAGAUUCUCGGAGUUGAUGUGAAAGCCAUCUCGACGAAGAGCGAUUGGUACUCUCUCGGAGGUGAUUCACUGUCGGCAAUGCGCCUGGUCAAAGAGGUCAGAACAGCUGGCUUGCGUCUAAGGACGAACGACCUAAUGACCGGGCGCGCGCUCGCGGAUAUCUGCGCUACCUUGGAGCCUAUGGAACCAGACUUCGAUAACGCACCAAUGCAUCAGAGCUGCUCCUCGACAGAACUUUUGCCAAUGACUGAUUUUCAAGAGCAAUAUGCCCCUUCGGCAGACGGCUCUGAUCGAGGAGAGCUUUACAAAUACCACAUCGCCUUCCGUGGAAAUUUUGACAUUGAGAGACUGGGCCAGGCAUUGCAUCUAUGGGUUCAGUCCCACGAGGCUUUGCGUAUCUCCUUCGAGAGGGCUGCCUCUGGAUGCUUGUCGCAGCGUGUCCUACCGGAAGCCGGGCAGGAAUGGCGAUCACGAGUCGUUCUACUUUCGGCAGAGGAGCAUGACAUGAGGCUUUCGGUAAAACAUGAUUACAUGAAACAUCCCGUGUUGAUACUGCUGCAUCGAUCGAGCGACAAAGACAGACGAGAAGGUCCUCAGCUCACCUUGCACAUAUGCCACAGUGUCUUUGACGGCAUGUCAAUUAACCACUUGUGGCAUGAUUUGGUGAAAUGCUAUACAUUUCUUGAUGCAAGACCACGACCCAGCUUCGCGCAGUACUUGAGCGAGAAAUUGUUGACCCGCACUGGAGAUUCAGUGGCAUAUUGGACCCAGCUGCUUGAUGGCUCUUCACCUACAUACCUUCGAAGUAACAUGGCUGAAGUCGGGGCCACCGAGUCUACGCGAGGCGUGAGACACGCUGCAUACUUUAACGGGAGACAUACGUCCUCCUUUUCUGUAUCAACAUUGGUCUAUGCCGCGUGGUCACUCGUUCUAAGCGUCCUAGCCAACAAAAACCAUAUCGUCUUCCUCUACCUCGUCCAUGGUCGAGAUGAGGAUUAUGAAGGAAGUAGCGAAAUCGUCGGCUGCUGCGUGAGCGAAAUUCCCUGCAGGGUCAGACUGCAGGAUGAUAUGUCUCCCGGGGACCUUUUGCGUUCAGUGCAGCAUCAGAUGUUGGAAUCUACGUCUCAUGCUCACCUCGGCGCAAGAAUUAUUGCUUCGCGCUGUACGAGCUGGCCUCAGAGCGAGCAACGCUACGAUCUGAGUACCAUGCUGUGGAACGAGGGCGUUGCAAAUGAGGAUUCUUUUGCUGUCGGCGAUGCUGGAUACAUGCAUGUGAGUGAACCGAUUGUGGAGCGGAGGAUUUGCAAUGAUUUCGAUAUUGGUUUCAGCUCUGCGUGUCUGGCCGAGGUUUGCUUCGAGUUUCGGUGUCGCGCUGCUCUAUACAGUGAGGAGGAAGUUCAUGCUGUGGCUAAGGCGUUUCUGGAAGCUAUGCAGAUGCUGUCCGAGGAUGCGAACCAUGAUUCUGUAAGGGCUGUUAUUGCGGAUCUUCAAGCGUCGAAUGAUCUUCCGAUCGUGGACCAAGGCACUACGGAUCUUCAGACGCAGACCAGAUGCACGAACAUGAUUUUGAGUUGA